GUCUCAAAUUAACCUUUCAGUUACUACCAAAAUACCUAACUCAUUUUCUUACCACUCAUAACCUUCCCGCCAAAAAAGAAAACACCGUUCACAUCUUGUGUUCUUGAAGGGUCAUUUAGAUCUAAUGACGAAAUCAUGCUAUUUGUCCAUCUUUCUAGCCCUCUUUUCAACUUUUUGGUUGUGCGUAAACUCGCAUUUCGAUUACAAAGACGCCCUGACGAAAUCGAUUAUUUUCUUGGAGGCCCAGAGAUCUGGGAAGCUUCCUCCGGAUCAUAGGCCUCCAUGGAGAGGUGAUUCGGCUCUCGAUGAUGGAAAAGAAGCCGGUGUUGAUUUGGUUGGGGGAUAUUAUGAUGCCGGAGAUAAUGUGAAAUAUGGGUUUCCGAUGGCGUUUACGGUCACCACGAUGGCGUGGGCUGCUUAUUUUUAUGAACAUGAGAUUAAGGAUGCUGGGGAAUUGAAUAACCUUCUUGCUGGCAUUAGAUGGGGCACUGAUUAUUUUCUUAAAGCUAGUCUUCAACAAAAUCGUUUGUUUGUUCAGGUUGGUGAUCCAAAAAUGGACCAUCAGUGUUGGAUGAAGCCUGAGUGCAUGAAAACGCCGAGGACCGUGUUGGAGAUUAAUCAAAAUCGUCCUGGAACUGAGGUUGCUGCUGAGACUGCUGCUGCUUUGGCUGCUUCAUCGAUCGUUUUUCGCAAAGUUGAUCAUGCCUACGCUGAAACACUCGUUAGCCGAGCCAAAAUGCUCUUUCAAUUCGCCGAAGAACAUCAAGGAACUUUCGAUGGCGCAUGCCCUUUCUACUGCUCCCACUCCGGUUACAACGAUGAGUUACUAUGGGGGGCAUCAUGGCUAUACAUAGCAACAAAGGAUCCACUAUAUUUGCAGUAUGUAAAUGAGGAGUCCACCUCUGCUGUUGUUAAUGAGUUCAGUUGGGAUCUCAAAUAUGCAGGUGCCCAAGUCCUUCUCUCUCAGUUGUAUUGGGAAGGACAAAAGGAGCUUCAUAUGUUCCAACAACAAGCUGAUGGAUAUAUCUGUGCAGUUCAUCCUGAUAGCCCUUACCGUCAGCCUUUUAUGACUCCAGGAGGUUUGAUUCACUUUAGAGAUGGUGCUAACUCACAAUAUGUGACAUCCACAGCAUUUCUUUUCAGUGUUUACAGUGAUUUGUUGGCUAGACACAAUGUGCAAGUCAUUUGUGGUGAAAAAACCCUCACUCAUACCGACCUCAUGUGUUUUGCUAAACAAGAGAUGAAUUAUUUGCUAGGACAUAACCCGGCACAUAGAUCAAUAAUGGUCGGGUUUGGUCACAACCCGCCUCUCCAUGCGCACCAUAGAGGUGCAUCGAUUCCAGUAACGGCAAAAACUGAAGACGUAACCUGCGGGAUGAGCUUUGCGUUAUGGUUCAACACGGAUGCACCUAACCCCAACGAGCUCACGGGUGCCAUUCUUGGUGGUCCCGAUAGGGCGGAUGUCUUUAUAGACUCGCGAAUGAAUUCAUCUUACACAGAGCCAUGUACGUAUAUUAAUUCGCUUGCGAUCGGUGUCCUAGCAAAACUGGCACAUAAGGCAAAACAUCAUGAAUUGUGAUUUUGAUCAAUGUUUGUACAUAUUGAACUCAAAGUCACGGUUGCUUUUGCUAUGCCGUUGCCUAUGUAGGAUUAGGCGUAGCUUGGCAAGAUAAAAUUGUAGAAUUUUGUGAAUAUUAGGCUGAUAUAGAGGAGGAUGUACAUGAAUCAUAUAAUUAGUGGGAUAUAAAUGGUCUCAAGCAACGUGUAUUUUGACAAACAAGCUUCAAUAUACAAUCUAGGAUUCUUUUUUUCAUGA